AUGAUUGAAACUGCCUUCGGUAACGAAGAAGGUUCGCAAGCCUUAUAUGUAAAUCCUGUUUUCGGUGGUUUUCUACUCAACUGUUGCUCUUCAAACAUGUCACAUCAAGCCUGGACCAUCGCUGACUUACCACACCGUCAUUGGAAAUUAAAAUAUUUACCUGACGAAUUUCGUGCUUGCGAUAUAAAAGAUGAAAACCAUCCAUAUUACAGUUUAUUACAAACUUUCGACCAACUAAGGGACUUACGGUAUUAUACUGAUGACAUUCCCAUGUUGGUCAGCUUGGAACCGAAGCUAAAACAGAUCGGCAAGAUCAUUGAUAAAUUGAUCGACUUACCUGGUCCUCAUGCUAAAGGAAUCUUUGAUUUUACUGCCCUUUCGGCUUAUGUUCAUACCAUUAACGAUCUAUGGUCUAAAAGAAAUCAAAUGUUCAUGACUCCAAUAUGGAGGCAGCCUUUAGGUUACGAAAUGAGUCAUUAUACUGAAAGCUUAGUCUAUGAUCCUGAAUUAUACACCCAACUUACUAAUAUUAGCCUUAUAUUUGACUGGUGGCUGGGGAAACCUCAAUUCGAUUUUUGGAUUGGCAUAAUUGACCUAAAUUUUGACAUUUAUCCAACUCAAUUGGAGGCUUACGUUAAUUGGUAUAAUGCAGUUUUCUUCCCGUUGAUUAAAGAUGUUGCUAAAAAUCUUGACAACCAUAAUAAUCCAUUUCCCCGAAAUUGUGAAAUUGGCGGGGUAUUCAUUAAAUUUCCUUUUAGCAACGAUGGUCUGGGUCGAGAUGUUUAUAAGUCUAACGAUAGAAGAGCUGUCCUCAUAAAUUGCACUAGUCCUAAUCAUCUUCGACAACCAUCUGAAAUUGUGCGUAUAAGUAGCUAA